UCUACCGGUUCCACAGCACUCGGCGCGAGGAUGCGGGCAGCUAUCAGUGCAUUGCCAGAAAUGAUGCCGGAUCCAUAUUCAGCGAGAAGAGUGACAUUGUCGUUGCCUACAUGGGCAUCUUUGAGAACACCACCGAGGGUCGACUGACUGUGAUUAGUGGUCAUCCUGCCAUUUUCGAUAUGCCAGCCAUUGAAUCCGUGCCCGUGCCAUCGGUUAUGUGGCAAUCGGAGGACGGACCUCUGAUCUAUGACAUAAAGUACGCCUUCACCCAGGCAAAUCAGCUGGUCAUCCUGAGUGCCGAUGAAAACGAUCGCAAGGGAUAUCGGGCCAAGGCAAUCAACACGCAGUUGGGCAAAGAGGAGAGUAGCGCCUUUCUCUAUCUGAAUGUCAGUGGAGAUCCGAAUAUUGAGGUGGCUCCGGAGAUCAUAGUUCGUCCGCAGGAUGUUAAGGUUAAAAUGGGAACCGUAGUGGUUGAACUGCAGUGUAUUGCGAAUGCCAGACCUUUGCACGAGCUGGAAACCCUUUGGCUGAAAGAUGGAAUUGCUGUGGAAACGGCCGGAGUGAGGCAUAACCUAAAUGAUCCCUGGAAUCGAACUCUGGCCCUGUUGCAGGCGAAUAGCUCACAUUCCGGUGAAUAUACCUGCCAGGUGCGAUUGCGCAGUGGCGGUUAUCCGCCGGUUAGUGCUUCGGCUCGCCUCCAAAUUCUCGAACCACCCGUCUUUUUCACACCCAUGCGAGCGGAAACCUUUGGGGAAUUCGGUGGACAAGUGCAGCUGGCCUGUGAUGUGGUUGGUGAACCCACGCCCCAGGUCAAGUGGUUCCGAAAUGCCGAAUCUGUGGAUCCACACAUUGAAAGCGGAAGAUACUCGCUGAACACGGAUAAUACGCUGGUAAUUAAGAAGCUAAUCCUGGAUGAUGCCGCAAUGUUUCAGUGUCUGGCCAUCAACGAAGCGGGGGAGAACUCGGCAAGCACCUGGCUGCGCGUAAAAACAAAAACGGCCAAGAUCCGCGUGAAGCGUUUGGCCCAGCCGCGAAUCCUGAGGGUAAGAGCUUCGCAUGCUGGCGUGGGAUCGGAAAAGGGAUCGGGAUCGGGAUCAGGUUCCUCCGGUAGACGCAAGGAGUUUCGCUUUGCAUCGGCUCCAAUUAUGGAGUCACCGCCCCAGAAUGUGACUGCUCUGGAUGGCAAGGAUGCUACUAUAUCCUGCCGGGCAGUUGGAUCUCCCAAUCCGAAUAUAACCUGGAUAUACAAUGAGACCCAACUGGUGGAUAUAUCCAGCCGGGUGCAGAUACUCGAAUCGGGCGACCUGCUCAUCUCGAACAUCCGAUCCGUGGACGCGGGUCUAUAUAUCUGCGUGCGGGCCAACGAGGCGGGCAGCGUCAAGGGCGAGGCCUAUUUGAGUGUUUUGGUGCGGACACAAAUCAUCCAGCCGCCGGUGGACACAACGGUGCUACUUGGCCUGACGGCCACUCUGCAGUGCAAGGUGUCCAGUGAUCCAAGUGUUCCGUACAACAUCGACUGGUAUCGCGAGGGUCAGUCGUCGACGCCCAUCAGUAAUUCGCAGCGCAUUGGGGUCCAGGCGGACGGGCAGCUGGAGAUCCAGGCGGUUCGGGCCAGCGAUGUGGGAAGUUAUGCCUGUGUGGUCACCUCUCCCGGGGGAAAUGAGACGCGGGCCGCCCGCCUCAGUGUCAUCGAGCUCCCGUUCCCGCCCAGCAACGUGAAGGUGGAACGACUGCCGGAGCCGCAACAGCGCAGCAUCAACGUAUCCUGGACACCGGGAUUCGAUGGCAACAGUCCAAUAUCCAAAUUUAUUAUCCAGCGACGUGAGGUCUCCGAAUUGGAAAAAUUCGUAGGUCCAGUCCCAGAUCCUCUGCUCAACUGGAUCACCGAGCUGAGCAAUGUCUCGGCGGAUCAACGAUGGAUCCUGCUCGAGAACCUCAAGGCCGCCACCGUCUAUCAGUUUAGGGUUAGUGCCGUAAAUCGCGUGGGCGAGGGUUCUCCAUCGGAACCCAGUAAUGUCGUCGAACUGCCCCAAGAAGCUCCUUCCGGUCCACCGGUGGGAUUUGUUGGAUCCGCUCGGUCCAUGUCGGAGAUUAUUUCUCAGUGGCAACCGCCCUUGGAGGAGCAUCGCAAUGGUCAGAUCCUUGGCUAUAUCCUGCGGUAUCGCCUAUUUGGGUACAACAAUGUUCCCUGGUCCUAUCAGAAUAUUACCAACGAAGCGCAGCGCAACUUUCUGAUUCAAGAACUGAUCACCUGGAAGGAUUAUAUUGUCCAGAUUGCAGCAUACAACAACAUGGGCGUGGGUGUUUACACCGAGGGUUCCAAGAUCAAGACCAAGGAAGGAGUACCAGAAGCGCCGCCCACGAAUGUGAAAGUGGAGGCCAUCAACUCGACGGCGGCCCGAUGCCGAUGGACACCACCGAAUCCGCAACAGAUCAAUGGCAUCAAUCAGGGCUAUAAGAUUCAGGCCUGGCAACGUCGACUGAUCGAUGGCGAGUGGAAGGACAUUGAGAGACGCAUGAUGACGGUGCCACCGAGUCUGAUUGAUCCACUGGCGGAACAGACGGCCAUUCUGGGAGGUCUUGAGAAGUACACCGAAUACAAUAUCAGUGUGCUAUGCUUCACAGAUCCCGGCGAUGGUGUAGCCAGUAUUCAAGUGCCGGUGAUGACCCUGGAUGAUGUGCCCGACGAGGUCACUGCCCUGCAUUUCGACGAUGUCUCCGAUCGGUCGGUAAAAGUUCUCUGGGCACCGCCACGCUUUACAAACGGUAUCCUCACGGGUUAUACGGUUCGCUACCAAGUCAAGGAUCGCCCGGAUACCCUGAAAUCCUUCAAUCUGACAGCGGACGAUACUGAGUUGACGGUGAAUCAAUUGCAGGCCACCACCCAUUAUUGGUUCGAGAUCUUCGCUUGGACGCGCGUGGGUAGUGGAACCCCAAAAACAGCCACCAUUCAGAGUGGUGUAGAACCAGUUCUACCACAUGCACCCACUAGUCUGGCCCUCUCCAAUAUCGAAGCCUUCUCCGUUGUGCUACAGUUCACUCCCGGUUUUGAUGGAAACUCCAGCAUUACCAAGUGGAAGGUCGAAGGUCAGACGGCCAGGAAUAUGACAUGGUUCACUAUUUGCGAGAUCAACGAUCCCGAUGCGGAGACUUUGACCGUCACUGGUUUAGUGCCGUUCACCCAAUACAGGCUAAGAUUGAGUGCCAGCAAUGUGGUUGGAAGUUCGAAACCCUCCGAGGCAACCAAAGAUUUCCAGACCAUCCAGGCCAGGCCCAAACAUCCACCAUUCAAUGUGACCGUGAGGGCAAUGAGUGCUCAGCAACUGCGAGUUCGUUGGAUACCAUUGCAACAAACCGAGUGGUAUGGAAAUCCCCGGGGAUAUAAUAUAUCCUACAAGCAAUUGGUAAAAGCUCCCGGAACCAUAAAAUACCUACCACGAUCGGUGGUAAUCGAAGAUCAUACGGCCAACUCGCAUGUGUUGGAUGGUCUGGAGGAGUGGACACUGUAUGAGGUGAAAAUGAAUGCCUGCAAUGAUGUCGGUUGCUCCAAGGAGAGUGAGACGGCCGUGGAGAGAACUCGCGAGGCGGUUCCAAGCUAUGGACCACUGGAUGUCCAGGCCAAUGCCACAACAUCCACCACAGUCGUCGUGCAAUGGGGUGAAGUGCCGCCACAGCAUAGAAACGGUCAGAUCGAUGGCUACAAGGUGUUCUAUGCCGCCACGGAUCGGGGACAACAGGUGCUGCAUAAGACGAUACCGAAUAAUGCCACAUUCACCACAACCUUGACGGAACUCAAGAAGUUCGUGGUCUAUCAUGUUCAGGUUCUGGCCUACACGAGAUUGGGCAAUGGUGCUCUGAGCACUCCACCCAUUCGCGUUCAGACCUUUGAGGAUACCCCGGGUGUGCCAUCGAAUGUGAGUUUCCCCGACGUCACCCUGACCAUGGCUCGCAUCAUUUGGGAUGUGCCCAUGGAUCCCAAUGGAGAGAUCUUGGCCUAUCAGGUCACCUACACCCUGAAUGGCAGUGCCAUGUUGAACUACAGUCGAGAGUUCCCGCCCUCCGAUCGGACAUUCCGAGCCACUGGUUUGCUUCCGGAGAAGUAUUACAGCUUUAGUUGCACGGCUCAAACGCGCCUGGGAUGGGGUAAAAUAGCCACUGCACUGGUUUACACCACCAAUAACCGGGAAAGACCUCAGGCCCCGUCGGUUCCACAAAUAUCACGCAGUCAAAUACAGGCUCAUCAGAUCACCUUCAGUUGGACACCGGGAAGAGAUGGCUUCGCACCACUUCGUUACUACACGGUGGAGAUGCGCGAGAAUGAGGGCAGGUGGCAACCACUCCCGGAGAGAGUGGAUCCUUUGCUGAGUUCCUACACAGCUCUUGGGCUGAGACCCUAUAUGACGUACCAGUUUCGUAUCCAGGCCACCAAUGAUCUGGGACCCUCGGCCUUCAGUCGCGAAAGUGUGGUUGUGAGAACUUUGCCCGCUGCUCCGGCAGUCGGAGUUGGAGGCCUGAAGGUCGUCCCCAUCACCACCACUUCGGUGAGGGUACAGUGGAGUGCUCUGGAAACAGGCAUGUGGAAUGGUGAUGCCGGAACCGGUGGCUAUAGAAUUCUUUACCAACAACUCUCCGAUUUCCCAACCGCCCUGCAGUCAACACCCAAAACCGAUGUGCAUGGCAUCAAUGAGAACAGUGUGGUGCUGUCGGAUCUUCAACAGGAUCGCAACUAUGAGAUUGUGGUGCUACCCUUUAAUUCCCAAGGUCCUGGACCUGGCACGCCCCCAGCAGCGGUUUAUGUGGGCGAAGCGGUGCCCACCGGAGAACCGAGAGCCGUAGAUGCAGCGCCCAUUUCCAGCACCGAAGUUAGAUUGCUAUGGAAGCCACCAAAGCAGAGCAUGCAGAAUGGAGAUAUCCUGGGCUACAAGAUCUACUACUUGGUCACCUACUCACCGCAAGCCUUGGAGCCCGGCCGCAAGUGGGAGGAGGAAAUCGAGGUGGUAUCGGCCACGGCCACUUCGCACAGCCUGGUGUUCCUUGACAAGUUUACCGAAUAUCGCAUCCAAUUACUGGCCUUCAAUCCGGCCGGAGAUGGACCAAGAUCUGCACCUAUUACUGUGAAAACACUGCCAGGAGUACCAAGUGCUCCACUCCACCUUAGAUUUUCGGAUAUCACAAUGCAGAGCUUGGAGGUAACCUGGGAUCCACCAAAGUUCCUCAACGGUGAGAUCCUGGGAUACUUGGUCACCUACGAAACCACCGAAGAGAAUGAGAAGUUUAGCAAGCAGGUGAAACAAAAGGUAUCCAAUACAACACUUCGCGUCCAGAAUCUCGAGGAGGAGGUAACCUAUACGUUUACCGUCCGUGCUCAAACGUCCGUGGAUUACGGGCCGGGUGUGAGUGAGAAUGUGACGACAGGACCCCAAGAUGGUUCACCAGUAGCGCCUCGUGAUCUCAUCCUGACAAAGACGCUGUCCAGCGUCGAGAUGCACUGGAUCAAUGGGCCAUCGGGUCGGGGACCCAUUCUGGGCUACCUUAUCGAGGCCAAAAAGCGAGACGAUUCCCGUUGGACGAAAAUCGAGCAGACUAGGAAGGGCAUGAUGCAGGACUUUACGGUCAGCUAUCACAUCCUGAUGCCCUCCACUGCGUACACAUUCCGGGUGAUUGCCUACAAUCGCUAUGGCAUCUCGUUCCCUGUGUACUCCAAGGACUCCAUCCUGACGCCCUCGAAACUUCACCUAGAAUAUGGUUAUCUGCAGCACAAACCCUUCUAUCGGCAAACUUGGUUCAUGGUCUCACUGGCGGCCACAUCGAUAGUGAUCAUAGUAAUGGUCAUUGCAGUACUGUGUGUCAAGAGCAAGAGCUACAAAUAUAAACAGGAGGCCCAGAAGACUCUGGAGGAAUCCAUGGCCAUGUCCAUUGACGAGCGACAGGAGCUGGCUCUGGAGUUGUACCGCUCUCGUCACGGCGUUGGAACCGGCACCCUCAACAGUGUGGGCACUCUGCGCAGCGGCACCUUGGGCACCCUGGGCAGGAAGUCCACCAAUCGCCCGCCGCCGGGCGUCCAUCUCGGCAAGAGUCCGCCACGCCCCUCGCCCGCCUCCGUGGCCUAUCACAGCGACGAGGAGAGCCUGAAGUGCUACGACGAGAAUCCGGACGACAGCAGUGUGACCGAGAAGCCCUCGGAGGUGAGCAGUUCGGAGGCAUCGCAGCACUCGGAAAGCGAAAACGAGAGCGUGCGCAGCGAUCCGCACUCCUUUGUGAAUCACUAUGCCAACGUGAAUGACUCGCUGCGGCAAUCGUGGAAGAAGACCAAACCGGUGCGGAACUACUCAAGCUACACCGAUUCGGAGCCGGAGGGCAGUGCAGUGAUGAGCCUCAAUGGUGGCCAGAUUAUCGUCAAUAAUAUGGCCAGAUCGAGGGCACCACUGCCCGGCUUCUCGUCGUUCGUCUGACAAUCAACCGAGUUCUAAGAUCUAAGCACCAGUAGCAACGGCACCGUCAUCCGCGAGACCUUUGUCUAGGGAUUCAAGCCUCCUUGAAGCUUAAAAUCUUGAAGGCCUGAAGGAUGGAGGAGAGGACAAGGGGACAAGGGGAUCCGGAGAAGGAAGACGGAGCUGGGGGCUCGGCUGGGGGCGAAUCGAAACAUUGGAGAUGGACGACACGACACCCACAUCCACAUAUCAGACUGAUCCAGCAACUCCAGGCCUCAGCCCCUCCAGCUCUCCGACGAUGCGCUGCUACAGGGAUAUACAUAUUAUACUAUAUAUAUACCAGACAUUCGGUUAGGUUACCCUGUAUGCAUUUAGUUUUAGUUUCUAGUUACGAGAGAUCUGAGAUUUGCGAGCAUUUUGUGUGCCUUUUACCUUGGGUUGUGUAUUGUAUCGUUUGAACUAGAUACCUUUGUCUUUUAUGCGUAUAUCUUUUAAUCCUAUUGAAUCUGUAUUGAUUUUUGUUUACAAUGAAACACAUUUUAAUUUUUAAAGCGGACAACGCAAUCCAGUGUGAAAGGCACAUUAGUUUUAGCCUGUGUUUCCCAGCAUGACUCUGCUCCUAUUUUUUAGUAUUUAUUUUUGUGCAGUGUACAGUGUGAGUGCGAUGCCGUCUGCCACGCCUCCAAACAAUGGCAUUUAUCGGAUGGGGCGCGAUAAAUCGAAUCCGAAUCCUGUGAUAAACCGAUUCGUCGCGCCGCCUUUAAGUUUUUCAAAUGAUUUCCAAGUGUGUUCAGCGCGUGGCAGGCAGCUUGAACUUUGAGUGACUGUGAGUGUGAGUGAUUUACGCGUUUAGUCUGGCGCAAUCUCAUUAUAUUUAAAACGAAAAACGAAAAAGUUAUGUUUUAUGUUUAUUUUUUUUUGCGUGUGCGAUUGAAGCUAGAAAAUCUGGAAGUUUGAAGGCGAGGACGAGACACCGAUGCAAUCGGUGGUCCAACUAGAAGAAACCAUGAGAAAAAGUUCACGAGAAACACAAAAAGAAAAAGAACCCAUAAGGAAAUAUGCAAGCAAAAAAACAAAAUUCUAUCUUAUAAGCAAAGAUAAAUGUAUUUUUUUUUUGGGAAAGGCAAAAAGAAGAAGGCUAUAGCUAUGGGAAUGAGCAGAAUAUGUCAAGAUGACGGCUUAGGAUACGUAUAUUCAUCAGAUAUAUUGAUAGGCCAUAUUAAUGCAAUUUCUUUACCACAUAAGCCCACAAACGAAAGCAACUGUAACACACAAAGCAAACAAACAAACAAACGAGCAAACAUGCAUUUCUGCAGACCUGCAACAAACACAAACAAACAAACGAAAGAAAGAUUCUUUUCGAGCGCAUGCGCAGCAGACUUAGCACUAAGUACGAUAAGUACGAUCUUCUUAGGUAGUAAGACUAAUUUUUUUUUGUUAGUUGGGGCCUAGUUCCUCCGGGGGGACUACGCCCUGGUACUCUAGCUCGUAACUCUUUAAUUGUUCAACCCCCGACGCUUAGGUGUAAUCGUACUCGUAAUUGUAAUUGUAUUUGAAUGCAGUUUAUAUUUAUGACUAUAUUUAUAUAUCGAUGUAUACAUGUAUAUCUAAAAAACUUAAACGACUGAUUAUAUAUUUUCCCCCGAUUAGUUGUAUACUUAACUCCUUUUUUGUACUUGUACUACCUAUGCAUUAACUACGUUUAGACCACUUUGGCGCCCGCUGAAAUGAAAUCGCAAGCUAAUUUCAACUUCAAAGACUCGAAGCACAAGUUCAUCUAGUUAAGUAAAUGUAAUUGUAAUUGUUGAAUUGAUGAAGGAUCGUCCUCCACUAUUUGAGGGGCAAGUCGUUUGAUGUGGAGGAGCGACUCCAGAAAUGGAGGAAUGAUGGAUGGAUAUGGAGAUGGCGGAGCUCAAGGAUCUUGGCUCGGGGCUAGUUGAAACCGUGCAGCAAGCGCAAAGUAUUAGAAUAUUGAUAAAUACAAUUUAAAUGUGUAAAUGUAAUUGAUGGAGCAUACGAAUAUGAAUCAAUAAAAGAACAUGAAAUCAA